AUGUUUAUUAUACCUGAAUUCAAUACUGGAAAUCAUAACGUUCAAACUUACAAAGGUACGGUGGAAGAUCUCAACGAUGCCUUGCUUGUAUUAGAAGGAACAAGAUUGGGCAUAUUACCUAAUAUUAAAAGAAGAUUAAAUACUAUGGAAAGAAAAUAUAUAAAUGCUAAUAGUGUAUUUGCUUGGAAUGAAACCGAAUGUGGGAUGAAAAGAUGGACCGAUGGGAAGAAUUGGUCGGCUUCUAAAGUAAGCGGGCCAUUUUUAACUUAUAGAGAAUUAGAUAAUAAUAAAAAUUUUAAAAUUAAUGGAUUAGUUAAACAAAGUUUUUCAUUAAUAACAAAACAAAAUCAAAAAUUACAUUUGAUUAGUUAUAUUUCUUCUGAUCCAAACGUUGUUAAAGGCACCACGCCAACCAACGAUUCUAAAUUAAAUAAAUUAAGUUUAGAUUCAAAUAUUUAUCAAGAUCGUUUAAUUAAUUAUGAUCGGGAAAAAAAUUUGAUCAAAAAAUCA